CAAUUACCGGGAAUGGGGAGGUAUGCGGUUUGUGGUUGAUUAUCCGUUGGAGCGGCUCCAAGAAGCGAUCCUUCUGGAACAAGAAGAGCAAUGCUUUCCAGUUGGAUCGAUCGACCAUUAGCUGCUGGAUGAUUUCUGCAUGCAGCACAGUGUGAGAAGUACAAGAAGUUUAACUAACUUUAUUUUGCCAUGCCAUUACCUUUUGGAAUAAAAUUGAAAAGAACGCGCAGGUAUACUGUCUCCAGUAAGAGCUGUUUGGUUGUACGGAUCCAACUGUUGGAUAAUGGAUUUCUGGAAUUCACACUUUCUGUUGAAAGCACAGGCCAAGAAUGUUUGGAAGCUGUUGCACAAAGAUUAGAGCUGAGAGAGGUCACUUACUUCAGUCUGUGGUAUUACAAUAAGCAGAAUCAAUCUCGAUGGGUGGAUCUGGAAAAGCCCAUGAAAAAGCAGUUAGAUAAAUAUGCCAUUGAACCUACUGUUUAUUUUGGUGUGGUAUUCUACGUACCAAGUAUUUCACAACUUCAGCAGGAACUUACAAGAUUCCAGUAUUAUUUACAAUUGAGGAAAGAUGUUUUGGAAGGCCGCAUACCUUGCACACUAGACCAAGGAAUUCAGCUUGCAGGUCUAGCUGCACAGGCUGAUUUUGGAGACUAUGAUCAGUAUGAAUCCCAAGACUUCCUGUACAAGUGUGAUCUUUUUCCAGUUAAUUGGAUUCAAGAUGAGCGAAUGCUUCAAGAAGCAACACAGAAAGUUGCUUCAUUACAUCGGAAAUUCAGGGGGCUUACUCCAUCUGAGACAGAGUUAUUGUUUCUUCAGGAGGUGGUGAAAAUGGAAGGUUAUGGUCAUGAAAACUAUGCAGCCAAGGAUAGCCAAGGGAAUGACCUCCUUAUAGGUGCGUGUUUGGAAGGCAUCUUUGUGAAGCACAAAAAUGGCAGGCCUCCCUCUGUCUUCAAAUGGAAUGACCUAGCUAACUUAUCUCACAACAAAUCCUUCUUUGCAUUAGAGCUGGCAAACAAAGAGGAGACCAUUCAAUUCCAGACUGAAGAUAUGGAAACAUCCAAAUAUGUAUGGCGAAUGUGUGUUGCACGACGCAAGUUUUAUAGUCUGAAUAAAAACUGCAACUUACAAGCUCAGACUGCUUCAGUAAGCCCAGUCCGAAGGAACAUGUUAUCAAGAAUAUCUUUGCCAAAGCCUCAUCAGUACAUGAUGCCAUUACCCCAGUUACAUUAUACUGGACAUUAUGUAGAACCCUAUAAACCUUCUCAAGACAAUGUCUACAUGAAUAAUCAAAACAGCUUCUAUCGAUCGCAGACCAGUUUGGAUAGAGCUCCAUAUGAAUACAGUGGUCGAAUCCGAAAUGGCAGUCUCUAUAGUGCACACAGCACAAGCUCUUUAAAUAACCCACAGCACUUUAUGCAAGCAUCUCCUAUGUCUUCAAAUCCUAGCAUGACUGGAAGCGAUGUAAUAAGAGGAGAUUACAUCCCAACUAACAGACAUAGUGCAAUUAUUCCACCCUCCUAUAGGCCAACUCCAGAUUACGAGACUGUUAUGAGGCAGCUAAAUCGUGGAAUGAUUCAAAAUGAAAGGCAAAGCCAUUCAAUGAGAAAUCUUAACAUAGGCAAUUCUUAUGCCUACAGUAGACCAGAUCCGCUUGUUUAUAGCCAACCAGAAAUCAGAGAACAUGCUCAGUUCAAUUCACAAAAUAUGUAUCAGUAUCCUUUUCAUUUGAACUAUAGUUUCCAUAGUCCAUCUCCAUAUAUAACUUCAACUGAGCGACGCCCAGUUGUUGGGGCUGUUAGUGUGCCAGAAUUGACCAAUGUUCAAUUACAUGCUCAGGAUUACAAUGCUGCAAACAUGCUGAAAACUCAAGUGUACAGGCCACCUCCACCCUACCCUUAUCCAAGACCUGCAAAUAGUACUCCUGACCUUUCCCACCACCUGUACGUUAGUAGCAGCAAUCCAGAUCUGAUUACGAGGCGUGUGCAUCACUCUGUCCAGACUUUUCAGGAAGAUAGUUUGCCUGUUGCACAUUCACUACAGGAAGUCAGUGAGCCCUUAACUUCUGCCAGAUUACAUACAAAUAUUCAUAAACGUAACAGUAUUGAGAUUGCUGGACUUAUGCACAAUUUUGAGAGUUGGAAACUAAAAGAAAGGACUGUGUCCACACCAAACAAUGAAACAAACUCAGAAAAAAUAACCUCUGCAAAUUCACAACCAAAUGUUUAUUUUGAGCAAACAAAACCCGGCGGGACUGAAGUUCACGAGGACAAAAGUUAUCGUCAUGGGCGAUCUUUCUCAGAUGCAACUAUGCUGAUUCACAGUAGUGAAGAAGAUGAGGAAUAUGAUGCAAGGUGCAUUGAGCAUACGUCUCAGAUACUACCUCUUGACUCCCCAUCUCAAACGUCAGCCAAGUUAAAUCAAUUGAUUAAUGAACCAUUGGCAGACUAUCUGUAUAGUUCUGCACCUACUCUUGGAAGACAGCACAGUUCAGAAAAGCGAGCACAAGAAAGGGAGGUAACAGAAACAACACGGUUUCUGCCAUUUGUGUCUGAGUCUGAUCUCAAUACAGUUGGAAAAAUCCAGAUAAGAAGAGAGUCUUCAAAGAAGAGACCAAUGUCUGAAGUGCUUUCUAGUAAAUUAUAUGCUAUGGAAGCUCUCCCACCACUUGGGGAUAUAAGAAAAGGAACUCGUAUAUCAGAUAUUAGGAAAAUUGGACCACUGAAACUGGCAGAAUUAAAUGGAUUGACACCAUUUCAAAAGCCUUUACCUGAAGUUAUUAAAGAUGAGCCUAUCAAGACAUCACAUGAUGAAAGAUGCAAAAUUUUGGAGCAGCGUCUAGAACAAAAAAUGGUGUUUACAGAAUAUGAAAAAGUUCCAAAGAAACACCCAACAGCAGAAUGUACCAUAGCAUUACUACCUGAAAAUGCAGAAAGAAAUCGAUUUGCUGAUGUUAUUCCCUAUGAUGAUAAUAGAGUGGAGUUAGUGCCAACAAAAGAGAACAAUACUGGUUACAUAAAUGCAUCGCAUAUUAAGAUAAUAGUGGAAGGCAAGGAAUGGAAUUAUAUUGCCACGCAAGGACCGCUCCAGACCACUUGCCUUGAUUUUUGGCAAAUGGUGUGGGAGCAAGGGGUUGCCAUUAUUGCCAUGGUUACAAUAGAAGAGGAGGGAGGGAGAGAGAAAAGUUUUCGGUAUUGGCCUCGAUUAGGCUCCAGGAAUAACUCUGUCACGUAUGGAAGAUUCAAAAUUACUACAAGAUUUCGAACAGACUCUGGUUGUUAUGCAACUACCGGGUUAAAAAUUAAACAUCUGUUGAAUGGGCAAGAGAGAACAGUGUGGCACUUGCAGUAUACAGACUGGCCAGAAAAUGGCUGUCCAGAAGAUAUCAAAGGAUUCCGAUCAUAUUUGGAUGAAAUUGAGUCAGUGCGUCGUCAUACCAAUAGUACAGCAGACAGUAAAAAUCCGGAAAUGCCUUUACUUAUACACUGCAGCGCUGGUAUAGGAAGGACUGGUGUUGUGAUUUUAUCAGAAAUUAUGAUUGGCUGCCUGGAGCACAAUGCAACUCUGGAUAUUACUACCAUGCUGAAUCUGCUCAGACAGCAACGGAUGUUAAUGGUGCAAACAAUUACACAAUAUAUCUUUGUCUACAAAGUGCUCAUUCACUUUCUGAGAAGUUCUAGGCUGAUUUAAGCUUGUAUUCAUAAUGCUGUGAUUUUAUAAGUGAAACAACUGAUUGCAGAAUUGUUUUAAAUGAAGGAAACGUUUUUCUACCCCUUGAGUUGAGGAGGAGAAAGUCAAUUCGCAUUUUUAAAAAAAGUGUGAUACACACAAAUGGAGCACCAAAUUUAAAGGUGAAGUUAAAUAUUUUACCUUUGAUAUUUUUAAUUAUUUUAAAAUAGGCAUUGUGCUUCAAUUUAAUGAAGAAUAUAGUUCAAUACAGCAUAAGUGAAACCUUCACUUAACUUUAAUUUGAACCCAAAUUUAACUUUUUUAACCAUUUCCUCCAUCUGAACAUUAUAAACAAUAUCUUGGCAUAAACAUCAUGAAACUCUGUAUUUGGUGCAUGAUCAGUUUUAAGCUAUAGUGUGGAAGUAUUUUACCUUUAAUCGAAAUGUGAUGAUGGCUGCUAUAUUUCAAUAGUAGGAGAAAAUGAAAAUAUGCAAGCAGAAUGAGUGAAUGUGAGAUUGAACUGGUGCAAGUGGAAGUUUUUUGUUAGAAUUAAUUUUCUAGUGUGUAAAUAGAUGAAAAAUCCUUUUUUAGGCUUAUAAUGUAUCAUGGUUUACAGAAGUAAUGCAAAUACAUGUAAUGAUAUGAAAUAAACCAAUCCUGUUUGUUUUUCAAUAGACCUGUUCAGUUAGGCAUGACUAUGUGUAUAGUUUAAUUACACUCAAUUACAAUUAUUGAGACAUUACUCAAAAUAAUGUAAGUUCAUUUAUCUACUUUUAGCUGUUAGACCUAUUGUUAUUUUUGAAUUACUUUUAGCUUAGUUUAAGUUUGAGUAUUUUAGCACUGAUAAUUAUUUGAUGUAAGUGAGAGAGUCUGCACACAACUGGCUUUUGUGUGACCUUCACUGUAAAAUACUUUAGUGUAAUAUAAUUUUGCAGUAAAGCACUUCAAACAUAAUCUAUGAAUUGGAAAACUGCUGCUAAGUGACUUGAGUUUACAAAGUUUAAAAGAGAAGGAUUUCAGCUCAGUGUCCAUAAUGUUUCUUUUAAAGCUUCCUUACUGGCCUAAUUUUAUUGACUUCCACUUGAUUCAGUAAUUAGAAAAAAAUGAGUUUAUGACAAAUGGUAGUUUGUUUCCUUUACAGGGUAGUAUAUUCAAUCAUGGGAGUAUGAAGGACAAUCUGUGAAACGUUUUUGUGUAUAUAUAAAUUAUGUAGAUCACAUCAUAUUCUUAAAUGAAAUGUACAGGGUUUUACUUUGUGAAGAUUAUCUGAGUGCAUGGUUUUGUACAUUGAAGUCGACAUAUGCUGUAUUCUUUCUUGGUGUUCUCUUUACAUCAAAUGGAAUAUGACCUGUACGUUAAUUAUGGGUUUACAAAUGUGGCUUGUAAUGUUUUGUAACUUGGAAUUCUGUCACUUUUGAGUAAUGCUAGAAGAAUUUGAUAUUGUAGAGCAUCCUGUUGUAACCCAUCCAUCUGUUACAUAUUAUGUGAAAGACAUCUCUGUAGAGAUGAUGAAAUAUUUUUGAUUGCUUCCUGAAAAAUAAAUAACCAUGUUUUGUAACUGCUGAUUUAAAUACAAAUACCA